AUGAUGGUUGUUUCUGUGGCCCUGCUCUUUGUCAGUUAUCAAAUCCUAAAAGGCAAGAAAGAAAACAAACGUUGCAAAUUCCUCAUAGACCAGCUGCACACCAUCAAUUAUCAGGUGGAGAAACUUCUAGUAGUAGAUGAAAACGUGAACAUAGUGACCAGUGAAUUGGAUGAUUUAUCGAAACAGUAUGAUGUUGUGAUUAUAGUAAGGGAAUCGAAUAAUGAAGUUGUUGUGAAAGCCUUGAGCAAUCUCUGUUGUGAGAAUUGCAAAUCUAGGACUAUAGAACACCAUUUGAAUGGCAUAUGUGAAAUGCCCCCAGCUGCAAAGCUUCUUGGGGUUAAUUCUUCUCACCCUGUGAUAUACCUCCAGAGAAUUUUUGUGCUGGAGUAUGAUAAUGUAGAAUUACAAUUUAGUGAAUAUUUGAAAGAUCAUUUGCAGCACUAUGAAAGGGGUUCUAAUUACAUGAAAGUCCUAAACAUACAAGUGAAUGGUAAUACUGAGGGUAUUUUAGAGAAACUCCAAAUGUAUAAAUCAAUCAUCCAAUUAGAACACUUUCAAGGUGUUUUGAAAGCUAUCAUCAGUAAUCAAAACUUCCAGCAUCUUGUGGAAUGUGAAAAGCUGCUGAGACAUGAAUUAGGUGAUAAUAUUAUCAGUUCUUAUGAAGAAAAUGAUGUACUUAGAAGGAUUUAUGAUUCUAGAGAAAGACAUAUUCAUCAAUCAAUAGAAGGCAUAAAGAAAUGUCUGUCAAUGUAUGGCCCAGAAAACGUCUUUCUGAGUUUCAACGGCGGUAAAGAUUGCACCGUCCUACUACACCUAGUCCACCUAGUUUUGAGGAUAAACUACCCCGACUACAAAAGUCCGAUUUUCUGCCUGUAUGUCAAAAGCAAAGAAGCGUUUUCGGAACAAGAUGAAUUCAUAUCCCAAUGUCAGAUAUUCUACAAUUUGGAUAUGAUGACAGUGUCUCUUGGCAUGAAAGAAGCCUUAGAUAGAGUACUGAAGAUGAAGCCAAAUCUCAAAGCUGGCUUUAUGGGUACUAGGAGGACUGAUCCAUUUUCAGCAGAUCUAAAGGUGUUCCAGAUGACGGAUCCAGACUGGCCACAAGUGAUGCGCGUCAACCCCAUCUUGGAAUGGCACUACUCCGACAUAUGGGACUACCUGCUCUUCUACAAAGUCCCUUAUUGCAAGCUGUACGACAUGGGCUUCACGUCGCUGGGCAACGCGACCAACACCAUUCGCAACCCGAGCCUGCUAUAUCGUGACGCAAAGUUAAUGAAAGACGUUUAUCUGCCCGCCUACAAAAUGAUGAACGAGUCCGAAGAGAGAAGUGGGAGGAACGUGAAGACGUGA